UUGAGUGUGGGAAGAGCUUUACUAGAGCUGAGCAUCUGAAACGGCACCAAAGAAUUCAUACUGGAGAAAAACCUUACCAGUGCUCAUCGUGUGACAAGAGGUUCACUAUGUCUACACACCUGAAAGCACAUCAGCGGGUUCAUACUGGAAAGAAGCCACUCCGCUGCACUCAGUGUGGGAAGAGUUUCAGAAAAGCAACCGUUCUCAAAAUUCAUCUGCGUGUUCACGCUGGAGAAAAGCCAUUUAACUGUGAUCAGUGUGGUAAAGAUUUUAAUUCAUCGUCAAAUCUUAAAGAACAUCUAAAAAUUCAUACAAACGAGAGGCCUUAUGCGUGCUCUUUUUGUGGAAAGAGAUUUUCACGGAUGUCUCAUUAUAAACGGCAUCAGAAGGUACAUAGCGGUGUGAGAGAUCAUGUGUGUUGUGAGUGUGGGAAGAGCUUCGUUACGGACGUCCAUUUGAAACGACACCGAAGAAUUCAUACUGGAGAAAGACCUUUCAAGUGCUCGUACUGUGAAAAGAGUUUCUCUCGGUUGGAGCACCUGAAAUCACACGAGCGAGUUCAUACAGGAGAGAAGCCGUACUACUGUCCUCCAUGUGAGAAGAGCUUUAGACAUUUACCAAGCCUUCUCACGCAUAUGAAAAAAUGUAAGAAGUCGUCACAGUGAACAACGUUCAUUUUCAUGUCAAAUACACUGAUGAGCCAAAACAUUAUGACCAAUCACAGGUG